UCUGGAGCGCCUCAUCCCGGAUGCGGAAAGCAGCUUGAAGUCCGUUGCUGCCGCUGCGGUCCGGCAUCUCGGCCCGGCUUGGCGCGGGCUCUGUAGCCGCGAUGGCCGAGCCUGACCCCCGCUAUCCUCGCUCUUCGAUCGAGGAUGACUUCAACUACGGCAGCUGCGUGGCCUCGGCCAGCACGCACAUCCGGAUGGCCUUUCUCAGAAAAGUCUACAGUAUCCUGUCUCUGCAGGUUCUGUUAACUGCAGUAACCUCUACAGUGUUCCUGUACUUUGAGUCUGUACGAACAUUUGUGCAGGAAAGUCCUGCCUUAAUUUUGGUGUCGGCCCUCGGAGCUUUGGGUCUGAUUUUUGCGCUCAUUUUAUACAGACAUAAACAUCCACUUAACCUGUACCUGCUUUUUAGCUUUACACUUCUGGAAGCUCUGACUGUGGCAGUUACAGUUACCUUCUAUGAUAUGUAUGUUAUUCUGCAAGCUUUUAUACUGACUGCUGCUGUAUUUCUUGGUUUGACUGAAAAGAAAAUAUUGAGUGGGUCUACCUCAUUUGUUGUUGCUAUUCUUUUUGGUAAAACAGAGUAUCCUACCUUACUAAAUUUUUGUUUUUAUAGGCUGUUUGCCGCUCUGUGUAUUUUAUGCCUGGCAGGAUUCUUGAAGGUGUUUUUUCACAGUGAGACAAUGGAGCUGGUCUUAGCUGCGGGAGGAGCCCUUCUUUUCUGUGGAUUUAUCAUUUUAGACACUCACUCACUAAUGCAUAAAUUAUCUCCCGAAGAGUAUGUAUUAGCUGCUAUCAGCCUCUACUUGGAUAUUAUCAAUCUAUUCUUACACCUGUUACGAUUUUUGGAAGCAGUUAAUAAAAAGUAAUUGAAAGCAGUA